AUGGCGGGUCUGGUGAACGACUGGAAGGUCUCAAAUAAGCCCUCUGGCUCUGAUCACAGACAAAUACGCCUAACUCUUCAGCAACUACCGCAAAUCAGCUGGGUUUGUAACCCACAAAAAACCAACUGGAAGGGCUUUAGGGCUGAUUUUAAGGCGCAGCUCGUUGAGGCCCCAACUAGUUUCAAGAUCAAAAAUAAUUUGGAAAAUGCGGCGGACUUCUUAAAGAACGCCAUUGCAAAUGCUUCCGAGUUAAACUGCCCACCAAAACCAAGGAGCCCAGUGACAAAGAUCCACUGGUGGAACAAAGAGCUUGAAAAUCUCAGGUUGGAAACGAGGAAGAAAUUCAGUAAGGCAAAAACAACCAGACUUGCAGCACACUGGNAAACUUUCAGAAGCUCCCAACGAAAGUACAGCAAGGAAAUCAAGAAAGCAAAGUACAGAAGCCGGAAACACGUCUUCGAAAGCAUUGAAAGUGCCCCAGAGGCAUCCAGGCUUCACAGAAUUCUCAGCUUAGAUCACCGUCCCCAACUGGGCUGUCUUAAGCUUCCAACGGGGAAUGUUACUGAGGAGGCGUCGGACACAAUCAAACAUUUAAUGAAAGUCCACUUCCCAGGUUUUGANUAUAACAUACAACCUUGCCGGCCAAAGCCUAGGGUAUAUAAACCCAGGGAGUGGCGUCUAGCCGCUGAGGUUGUCCAUCCAAAGGGAGUUGAAUGGGCUAUUAAGACCUUAAACCCAUAUAAAGCACCUGGACCAGACGGUAUCUCUCUCGUCCUUCUUCAGAAGAAACUGAGGGUACUAGUCGGUCCACUUACUAAACUCUUUAGGGCAAGUAUAGCCCUAAGACAUGUUUCUCAGGGUUAG